AUGGUUCAAGCUGAAUCUUCCUUAAGUGCUGCACGCAAUGGUGCUAAGGCCUCAACUGCAGGUGCUCCUGCGGACUACGAACUACCUUGGGUCGAGAAGUAUCGCCCUGUUUUCCUGGACGAUAUUGUUGGCAAUACGGAGACAAUUGAACGUUUAAAAAUCAUCGCCAAGGAUGGUAACAUGCCUCACGUUAUCAUUUCAGGCAUGCCAGGAAUUGGAAAGACAACCUCUGUGUUAUGCCUAGCUCGACAAUUGCUGGGAGACUCGUAUAAGGAGGCCGUGCUGGAAUUGAAUGCAAGUGACGAGCGAGGUAUCGACGUAGUACGCAAUCGGAUCAAGGGUUUUGCCCAGAAGAAAGUCACCUUGCCUCCAGGCCGUCAUAAGCUGGUCAUCCUUGAUGAAGCAGACAGCAUGACACCCGGCGCUCAACAAGCACUGCGACGUACGAUGGAGAUCUACUCGACCACAACUCGAUUCGCCUUUGCCUGCAACCAAUCGAAUAAGAUUAUCGAGCCACUGCAAUCUCGAUGUGCUAUCCUCCGUUAUGCGCGAUUGACCGACGCCCAAGUUGUCAAGCGACUGAUGCAGAUCUGCGAGGCGGAAAAGGUUGAACACUCCGAAGAUGGUAUUGCCGCUUUAGUAUUCAGUGCAGAGGGCGAUAUGCGGCAAGCGAUCAACAAUCUGCAGAGUACAUGGUCUGGAUUCGGUUUUGUGAGCGGAGAUAAUGUGUUCCGUGUCGUCGAUAGCCCUCACCCGGUCAAAGUUCAGGCCAUGAUCAAAGCCUGCUGGGAGGGCAAGGUGGAUGCUGCCCUAGAAGGGUUAAAUGAACUAUGGACAUUGGGAUAUUCCUCUCACGAUAUCAUUAGCACCAUGUUCCGAGUCACCAAGACCAUUCCUACUCUUUCUGAGCAUUCGAAGUUGGAGUUCAUUCGCGAGAUUGGGUUUACACACAUGCGGAUCCUAGACGGCGUGCAAUCCCUGCUGCAGCUAAGCGGCUGUAUCUCGAAGCUCUGCAAAAUCAACAUGAAACCCGAGCUCUUUGAAGCCCCUAAGGCUUGA